AUGGUUCGAGGUUGUGGACUUGGUCACCAUAUUGAUGACUACCACGUUUGGAUAAGAGAAGAUCAACUUGUGUUAAGUUGGAUUGUUGCUUCCGUGUCGGAAGGAAUAUUGCCCCAACUAGUUGGCGCCGAGACAGCCCAAACGGCUUGGAACAAACUAGUUGCUGCCUAUGCCUCAGGUUCGAAGCCCCAGAUUCGUGAGUUGAAAACUCAGCUACACACAUUGCAGAGAGACAAUUCUAGUAUUGAGUCUUAUGUGCAAAAGGCAAAGGAAAUUGUGGACAAGUUGGCUGCAUUGCAGCAUCCGGUUCCUAAUGAUGAUUUAGUUGAAUUUGUUCUUGCUGGACUGGGACCAGCCUAUCGUCCCUUUACAAGAUCUCUUGAAUCGCGUCAAGAGGAUAUCUCGUUUGAUGCUUUAUAUGGAUUAUUGUUGAAUGAAGAACGACAAUUAAAGAGAGAUGAGACUCUUAAUGUCAUAGCACCCACAGCACAAUUUACUCAGAGUUCUAUUGCCCCCUCUCGUGGCUGUGGUAGAGGUAGAGGGCCAUACGCACGAGUUUGCCCAUCACCCAAGACAUCUAAUGGCACUCGAGUUUUUGGACGACCUGUCUCUAACCUAGCAAACACCCAAACUCCACCUACCCAAAAUUGGUUGAUGGAUAGUGGCACCACGCAUCAUCUGACAUCUGAUCUAGAAAACCUUGGCAUUGACUCUGAAUAUCAAGGUCCUGAGGAAGUAACUCUAGGUAAUGGCUCUAAAUUACCAAUCUCUCAUACAGGUGCAAGUUCUAUUGUUGCUUCUGACAAAAAAUUCAAACUUGAAGAUAUUCUUCAUGUCCCUUCUGCUACUCAAAAUUUAAUUUCCAUUAGUUCCUUUACUAAAUCUAACAAUGUUUCUGUUGAAUUCUUUCCUAACCACUUUUUGAUUAAGGAUUUGGCAACGAGGGUAAAACUAAAAGGGACUGAUUGCGACUAG